AUGUUGGUGGCAAAUAGAAGUAAAGAUGAAGUUGAUUAUACUUCUGAAAUCACUUCUCUUCUCAACCAGUUUCCGGCCAAUACUAAUGUUCUUGUCGUUGACACCAAUUUCACCAAUUUACUCAAUAUAAAAGGAAUCAUGAGACAACAAUACGACUAUCAAGUGACUAUUGAGACGGAUGCGGAGAAAGCUCUUGCGUUUUUGACAAGCUGCAAACAUGACAUUAAUAUUGUGAUUUGGGAUUAUCAUAUGCCAAAAAUUGAUGGACUUCAAGCUCUCAAGAGCAUUGCUUCAAAGAUGGAUCUACCUGUGAUGAUUAUGUCUGAUGAUAAUCAAACAGAAUCGGUGAUGAAAGCAAUAGUACACGGUGCUUGUGAGUAUGUUUUGAAACCGGUUCAAGAAGAUGUAAUAGCCAAUCUAUGGCAACACAUCGUACGCAAGAAGGUGAUGUCUAAACGCAAUAUAAGUCCACCGGUUCAAUCAGAUCUGGCUCAGUCUGAUGGAUCAAGACAACGUAAAGUUGAUUCCAAGAUCGUAGACCAAGAACAAAACAUCGGUAAGAAAGAAGAGAGCGGGGAAAAGAGACCAUUGAUAACGUGGAACAGAGAACUUCAACGAGUUCAAUCAGAUCUGCUUCAGAUCAAUGUUUUUAACCAACACAAUGACUAUCACAAAACCAGAAACCAAGAUAGUUGUGAACAAAACAUCGGUAAGAAAGAAGAGAGAGUGGAAACAAGACCAUGGAUGACAUGGAACAAAGCAAAUCAACCAUUUCAAUUCAAUCCGGUUCAGAUCAACGGUUUAGCCCAACAAAACUACUAUUCCAAAACCAUAAACCAAGAUAAAGGUGAACAAAGCAUUGAAAGGGCAGCCAAGAAACCUUGUAUGAGGGCUGAAGAGAAAGAAUUAGUUCAUACCGACGAUUCUAACAAUGGUGACAGCGUAGAAAUCAUCGAUAAGAGAGUAUGGAAAAAGACACGGAAACAACGGAUGACAUGGACCAAAGAUCUUCACAAGAAAUUUCUUGAAGCCAUCGAAAUGAAUGGUGGUAUUGAAAAAGCUAAUCCAAAGGUGCUUCUCGACUGUUUGCAAGGAAUGAAGAUCCAAGGACUCACUAGAAACAAUGUGGCCAGCCAUCUUCAGGUACACACACAAAAAAAAAAAAUUAAACACCGUAUCUAUCUUGAGGAAAAACAAAUUCCUAAACAGACGCAAAUAAUUGGUUGGUCCACUGAGUAUGUAGCAGCUCCAUCUCUCCAAGGUCCGAACAAUGUCCACACAGGCAUAUCACAGUAUGUUAGGAAUGGUCCAGCCUUGAACCCGAUCCACCAGAAUCAGUAUCAAAAUGGAGCCGUGAACCCGAUCCAACAUAAUCAAUAUCUAAAUGGAGCGGUGAACCCGAUCCAGCAGAACCAAUAUCAAAAUGGAGAGGUGAACCUCAUCCAGCAGAAGCAAUAUCAAAAUGAAAUCGUGAACCCGAUCCAGCAGAGCCAAUAUCAAAUGGGAGUUGUGAACCCCAUCCAGCAAAAGCAAUAUCAAAAUGGAGCCGUGAACCCCAUGAAGCAGAAUCAAUAUCAAAAUGGAGCCUUGAACUCGAUCCAACAGAAUGACCUAAAUAGAGCCGUGAACCCGAUCCAGCAGAAUAAUGAGUAUCAAAAAGGUUACUUGGCAAUGAACAAAAACCUGUUCAUAACCAAUCCUUCUCUGCCUCAUGUGUCCUAUUUUGACAAUCAACCCCGCCAACCUCAACAACAGCAGUCUUCUUCUCAGUUUAAUUACUUGACGAGCAAUGAAGAACUAGGAAAAGCCUCUAACAUCUAUGCACUGGAUCCUCAACUCACUUAUCCAAGUUUAUCAUAUAUGUGAUAUGGCCUUCUCUUUUCAUU